AUGCUUGAAUGGAUCGCCCUCUGUACAUCGUGGUACACUAUAAAACUUUAUCGCAAUAUAUUUACCAUGCUUACGCUUACGCUUAUGUUUAUGUGCGUGUACAUGUACGUGUACGUGUACGUGUUUAUGAUUGUAUAUCAUUAUACUGCGGUUAAUGCUCAGGAAGAUAUUACUGCGCAUAAAGAAGUACUGCAGUUAACUAUCUUCAGAUUUUACGGAUUCAUCAAAAUAAUGUCCGACAGGGCACGACAAAAAUUCAACUCACGUAAAAAAGGGGACGACGUUUCCAGAUGGGAGAUGACGUUUUCAGGUUGGAGACAACAUUUUGAUUUUACCGGUGUUGUAUCCAACAUAAUCGUAGAUUUAAAUUAA